ACGUUUCUAGGUUUUGAUUAGCUCAGCUCGAGCCAUUCGCAGCAAAAAGUAUUGUUUUUUUUCCGCUGUGGGGUUGGGAAGCAUUAAUAUUGUAGCCGCCAUAUCCGGUGCUCCCCCCUUCCCGCGGUCGGUCAACUGAAAAAGGAUGUCUUUCUCAAACCCUAUUAUAUACACAUUCAAUGGACAUCAUAUUAUUGUUUCUCUCCCUCUCUGGGUAUUAGGUAGAACAGUGAAUCAUAGCCAUUGGUUUACUGGGUUUGAGCUCUAGUCAGAAGAGGGCUAGAGUGGAGGACAAGUAACUAAUCUCUGACCAGAAACAGUUAAGGGUUGGGUGGUGGGGUUGGCAGGGAAGUGAAUUGAAUUGGGGACAGCGACAAUGGCUGGUCCAACUGAAGACUACCAAGAUAUUCUUGUAAGUAACGAUAUAAAGCAUCAAGAAGAAGAUACCACUGGAAAGAACAAAAGUUUGGAGAAGUUGGCGGGAGUGGGAGGAGAGGAGAGCCAGAGUGCUGCUGCAGAGAGAGAUAUGGCUCCUCCGGCUGGGAGUUCGAUCCACCGGUCGGGUUCAAGGCCGCAAUUGGACCUCAGUAAGGCUGAAAUUCAGGGGAAUUUUGAGGAGAGGGAUCCCACGAUUCUUUUGCCCAAUCAGUCUGAUGACAUCUCUCACUUGGCUCUGGACAUUGGAGGUUCUCUGAUCAAGCUGGUCUACUUUUCGAGACAUGAGGAUCAGUGGAAUGACGAUAAGAGGAAAAAAACUGUGAAGCAGAGAUUGGGGAUUUCCAAUGGCAAUAGGAGAAGCUACCCUGUUCUUGGUGGAAGACUGCAUUUUGUUAAAUUCGAGACCCAUAAAAUAAAUGAGUGCCUAGACUUUAUUUAUUCGAAACAACUCCAUCAUGGCGGUAUGGACUCUCUUAAUUGGGGUUCCGGAUCCCCAUCCAGAGACAAUGCUGUGAUAAAGGCCACAGGUGGUGGAGCGUACAAAUUUACAGAUCUCUUUAGAGAGAGGCUUGGUGUUAGUCUUGACAAGGAAGAUGAAAUGGACUGUCUUGUAGCUGGAGCAAAUUUCCUACUUAAGGCAAUUCGUCAUGAAGCCUUUACUCACAUGGAAGGUCAGAAAGAAUUUGUGCAAAUCGAUCCCAAUGAUUUGUUUCCUUAUCUCCUCGUAAAUAUAGGAUCUGGUGUUAGCAUGAUUAAGGUUGAUGGUGAUGGCAAGUUUGAGCGGGUUAGUGGUACUAAUGUGGGCGGUGGCACGUAUUGGGGUUUAGGAAGGCUAUUAACAAAGUGCAAAAGUUUCGACGAGUUGCUAGAACUGAGCCAAAGGGGAGACAAUAGGACUAUUGACAUGCUUGUUGGGGACAUUUAUGGUGGUAUGGACUACUCCAAGAUUGGUUUAUCUGCGUCCACCAUUGCUUCUAGUUUUGGCAAGACGAUAUCUGAAAACAAAGAGCUUAAGGACUACAGACCUGAAGACAUUUCCUUAUCUCUCUUGCGAAUGAUUUCUUAUAAUAUAGGACAGAUAUCUUAUCUGAAUGCCCUUCGGUUUGGGCUUAAGAGAAUCUUCUUUGGAGGUUUCUUCAUAAGGGGCCAUGCUUAUACAAUGGACACAAUAUCCUUUGCAGUGCAAUUUUGGUCAAAAGGUGAGGCACAAGCAAUGUUCUUGAGACAUGAAGGGUUUCUGGGAGCUUUAGGUGCGUUUAUGAGCUACGAGAAGCACGGUCUUGAUGACUUGAUGGUUCAUCAGUUAGUUGAAAGAUUCCCAAUGGGUGCACCCUAUUCUGGAGGAAAGAUUCACGGCCCUCCACUUGCGGAUCUGAAUGCAAAGAUUUCUUGGAUGGAGAAGUUUGUCCGAAAGGGAAAUGAGAUCACCGCGCCAGUUCCUAUGGCUAAACCGGGAACCACUGGACUGGGAGGCUUUGAGGUUCCUUCAUCGAAGGGAGGGAUUCUGCGGUCUGAUGCCAGUGCUCUGAACGUGGGUGUUCUUCAUCUCGUGCCAAAUCUGGAGGUGUUCCCAUUGUUGGCAGAUCCAAAAAUGUAUGAACCUAAUACAGUUGACUUGUCAGAUCAUGGUGAACUUGAGUAUUGGUUCACUGUGCUACUGGAGCAUUUGCCUGACCUUGUUGAUAAGGCAGUGGCAAGUGAAGGCGGAACUGAUGAUGCUAAAAGGAGAGGCGAUGCAUUUGCUCGUGCAUUUUCAGCCCAUUUGGCAAGGUUGAUGGAGGAGCCAGCUGCAUAUGGAAAGUUGGGGCUCGCCAACCUCUUGGAACUGAGGGAAGAAUGUUUGAGGGAAUUCCAAUUUGUUGACGCCUACAGAAGCAUAAAACAGAGGGAAAAUGAGGCAUCUCUUGCUGUUCUACCUGAUCUACUGAUGGAGCUCGAUAAUAUGAGUGAGGAGACAAGGUUGCUUACUCUAAUUGAAGGCGUUCUUGCGGCAAAUAUAUUUGACUGGGGAUCCCGUGCUUGUGUGGAUCUCUACCACAAAGGCACAAUCAUUGAAAUCUACAGAAUGAGUCGAAAUAAGAUGCAGAGACCAUGGCGGGUGGAUGAUUUCGAUGCUUUCAAGGAGAGGAUGCUGGGAUCUGGGGGAAAGAAGCCUCGCCCACAUAAGAGGGCUUUACUCUUUGUGGACAACUCAGGUGCUGACAUAGUUCUGGGCAUGCUUCCCCUUGCAAGAGAGCUCCUCCGACGUGGAACUGAGGUUGUUUUGGUUGCGAACUCCCUUCCCGCUCUGAAUGACAUAACUGCUAUGGAGCUUCCUGAUAUCGUUGCUGAGGCUGCCAAGCACUGCAAUAUUCUUCGUGGAGCAGCGGAAGCGGGAGGUCUCAUCGUGGAUGCAAUGACCAACUCGCUGGACGGUUCAAAAGAGAGCUCUCCUUCCGUCCCUUUAAUGGUGGUCGAGAAUGGGUGUGGCAGUCCUUGUAUCGACUUGAGGCAGGUCAGUUCUGAGCUAGCAGCCGCUGCUAAGGAUGCAGACUUGAUCAUAUUGGAAGGAAUGGGUCGAGCUCUACACACAAACUUCAAUGCUCGAUUUAAGGGCGAUGCUUUGAAGCUCGCGAUGGUGAAGAAUCAGAGACUGGCUGAAAAGCUCAUCAAAGGCAAGAUAUACGAUUGUGUCUGCAGAUACGAGCCUGCCAGUACCAGUUGAGCCACAUAUUGCUCCCAUUUUAUCCGGCUUCAGCCACUUUGCCAGUUAACUCUCUCUGGGUUCGGUCUGUAUGUAGAAUUGAAUCCCCGAGUUUCGCUUAGAGAUAGUAGGGGGUCAAUAUAGUAGGGUCUACUCAUGAGCUGAGGAACAGUUCAUAUCAAUUCUUCUCGUUGUAUCUAAUAGUUACAGAUACCAUGUUUCUGUUUUUCUUAAUUAUAUCGAAAAGCAAAAAGAGUGCAUGCAUAUGAUA